CGCUCGCUCGCGAAGCUCAGUCAGCAUUUGACUCGGUGGUGGCAGGGGAUCCAGGUCUUGUCAGCUCCGUCCGCGACACCGACAUCAAGUGAACCCCCCACCGGCUUCAAAAAUGUCAAAGUUGGACCAGAUCCUCGUCCUCGACCCUCCGUGCGACCUCAAGUUUAAAGGUCCUUUCACAGAUGUAGUCACCACCAACCUCAAACUGAAGAAUCCCUCUGACAGAAGAGUGUGUUUCAAAGUGAAGACGACAGCGCCGCGCAGGUACUGUGUACGACCGAACAGCGGCGUCAUUGAUCCCGGAGCAACUGUCUUCAUCUCGGUCAUGCUGCAGCCCUUUGACUAUGACCCCAACGAGAAAAGUAAACACAAAUUCAUGGUGCAGACGAUUUUUGCGCCAUCAGCUGUUUCUGACAUGGAUGCAUUGUGGAAAGAUGCAAAACCUGAUGAUCUCAUGGAUUCCAAGCUGAGAUGUGUCUUCGAGCUGCCUUCUGAAAAUGAUAAAGUGAAUGACGUGGAGGCGACCAAAGCGGCCCCGGUGAUGAACUCGGCGAAGGCCGACCCGACGGCCGCCUCGGUGCCUGCUGCUGCUGCUGCUGCUGCUGCCGCUGCCGCCGCCGGGCUGGACGACACGGAGAUGAAGAAAGUGCAGGAGAAGUGCAAGAGGCUGCAAUCUGAGAUGAGCAAGCUGGUGGAGGAGAACCGGCAACUAAAGGACGACGGUCUGAGAAUGAGGAAGGUCGCCCGCUCCGACCACAUGACAACGAACUCGACCGGCCUCCUCGGCCGAGAAGCCUCCGCCACCUCCCUGCCCUCCCUCCUCGUCGUCAUAGCAGCCAUCUUCAUUGGAUUCUUCUUAGGGAAGUUCAUCUUGUAGACUGGUGUUGGGGGGGGGGACGCAUGCCAGCCAGCCCGUAUCACCUCGCCCCCGGCUCCGGGGAAAAAAAAAAAAUCAAAACAGGCCUGGAAAACCCCCAGAAGUCUUUCUGUUGACUUUGCCAUAUCAUUGGUAGUGUGGCCGACAGUGAACACAUCUGUACAACAUCAUUUUGAAGGCGUCGCCUUUUUACAAUCUCACACGGUUAGUUACACGCAGAGAGCUGAGAAAAGAGAGGCGGCAAAAAAAAAAGUGAUUGCUUCCUUUUUUGGUUUUCUGAUUUUUCUUUUUUCUUUUUCUUUUCGAUAGCUGGAUUGUACAGGUAGAGUGGCGGGACAAUGAAAGAUGUUAUACUAUCAGUCGACAUGGAAGAUGAACCCAGAGCGAACCACGGGCCAGAGGCAGUCAAAAGAUUAGAUUUAUUAUUUUCUUCUCUCUCUCUCUCUCUCUCUCUGUUGUUUUUAAUAGGAAUUGAAUGGAAUGUUAGGUGUCUUGUAAAUGUUGUUUUAAAUCCUUUUAAACAAAAAAGAAAAGGAGAGAUCUUCCACCACGACGACCGUGUGCCACCUAUCGCUGGAUCGCCUCUGAAGUCAAUCUGUUCAGUUUGUAAUUUCUACUUCUCGUCGCGGAAUGUUCAGGUCCAGCUGGGGAUUUAUAGGUGCCUCCUCCGAAAUCCAUGUCUGUCCUCUCCCUUUCCUGACAGCACCGAUGCAGACUUUAUAUUAUUAUUAUUAUUAUUUUGAUUAUUAUUAUAAUACAAAGCAUAUAUUCCUUCUAAGGCAAAUAUUGACUGAAAUGAGGUCUCCAUUCUUAAAAUCCUGUUCCAUGGUAUUAAGCAUUGAAGAAAUAAAAAUGAAAAAAAUGUG